UCGUUUUGCUAGAGAAGAAAACGGCAAAGGCCGUCCAUCCCUGGCUCGAACCAUUCGCCCACGAGCAAAUGGAAGUUGUUUAAUCCAGCCACUACGGGCGCGUCUCCAUCGGCCGGCUGUGCGAGCGGAGCCAUGGCGCCCUUCAUCGUGAUCGGCCUGGUGCUCGGCCUGGACCUGCUCGCCUUCGUCCUCGCCAUCGGCGGAGAGCUGCCCCGGAGAGCGGAUUACGUGAACGUGUUGGUGUUCGACGACGACCCCGAGAGGCCCUUCUGCCUGUACGGGCUCGGCACGGAGGCGUCGACGUGGUAUGGCCCCGGCGCGAUCGUCCUGCUGAUGGCGGGGCAGGCCGUGGCCAUGGCGGCCACCCGGUGCUUCUGCUGCGGCCGCGCGCUCUCGCCCGGCCGCUGGCGCUCCUUCUCCGGUCUCUUCUUCAUCCUCUCCUGGUAA